UAAUGUUUAUUGACAGUGGCAAAUUUGUGUUGUUCCUUUAUUUGUUUACAUCUCUUUUAACUUAAAAUAAAUGGAGUCUCUUGCAAAAUACCGUUAUAGCUUGGUGGCUGGUUCCUUUGCCGCUGGGGGAAGCUUUUUUGGAAAACUUCCCAGUCACCUCAGUGCUCAGAAAUUACUGAACACUUCUGGAACUAUUUCCGACUCGUCUUAUUUGGAUAUUGCAUUAGUGCAUGGCCUACCACUACUUCUUAUGAUAAUCUGCAAUGUUAGUAACUUGCGAUGUUUUUUGAAAGCCCUUCAAAUGACUGAUCAAACUUUAACCUGCGUUGUUUUAACUGCCGCCUCUAAUUAUGUCUUAUCGUUUAUUUUAGGAGCUCUAGUAUACCACGAACCACUUACAGCACUAUCUGGAAUUGGUAUUACACUAAUUCUGGCUGGUCUUUGGUUUCUCUGCGAUGGAGGAGCAGUGGAGUCCAAGAAAAUGGAACCAGAAAAGGACAAAUAAUGAAAGAAAACCUUUUUAAUAAAACAAAAAAAACUUA